AAACCCCCUCACCGUUCCUCCACCUUAUCCUCGGCUCACCACCGCGCCUACCACCUCGCCCCGCCCUCCAUCUCCAAUGGCGUCGGCGAACGCCAUCUCGAGCGCCUCCCUCCUCCGCUCCUUCUCCUCCCAGCAGGGGAGGUUGAGGAGGUCCAAGAACGGCCGUUCCGCGCGGCUAGUGGUGCGCGCGGAAGCCAAGGAGAUCGCCUUCGACCAGAAAUCCCGGGCCGCGCUCCAGGCCGGCGUCGAGAAGCUCGCCAACGCCGUUGGCGUCACCCUCGGCCCGCGAGGGAGGAACGUAGUGCUCGAUGAGUACGGCAGUCCUAAGGUGGUGAACGAUGGUGUUACCAUUGCCCGGGCUAUCGAGCUAGCUAAUCCAAUGGAAAAUGCCGGUGCAUCACUGAUUCGUGAGGUUGCUAGCAAGACCAAUGAUUCUGCUGGUGAUGGGACUACAACUGCUUGCGUCCUUGCUCGGGAAAUCAUCAAGCUGGGAAUUUUGAGUGUAACUUCUGGGGCAAACCCUGUAUCACUUAAGAAAGGAAUAGACAAAACUGUCCAGGGUCUGAUUCUCGAGCUUGAAAACAGAGCUAGACCAGUCAAGGGCAGUGGUGAUAUCAGAGCUGUUGCCUCUAUCUCUGCUGGCAAUGAUGAACUUAUUGGAGCCAUGAUUGCUGAUGCUAUUGACAAAGUGGGCCCAGAUGGUGUCCUUUCUAUCGAAUCAUCUUCGUCUUUUGAGACUACUGUUGAUGUUGAAGAAGGAAUGGAGAUUGACCGAGGCUACAUUUCCCCUCAAUUUGUGACAAACCUUGAGAAAUCAAUUGUGGAGUUUGAGAAUGCUAGAGUUCUUAUAACUGAUCAAAAGAUCACAAGCAUAAAGGAAAUUAUCCCACUUCUGGAGCAGACGACACAGUUGAGAUGUCCGCUGUUUAUCAUAGCUGAGGACAUUACUGGUGAAGCUUUGGCAACUCUGGUUGUUAACAAGCUCCGAGGUAUUAUUAAUGUUGCUGCGAUCAAAGCCCCAAGUUUCGGUGAGCGGCGAAAGGCUGUCCUUCAGGACAUUGCCAUUGUGACAGGCGCUGAAUACCUGGCGAAGGAUCUUGGCCUGUUGGUUGAGAAUGCAACAGUGGAGCAACUUGGGGCAGCAAGGAAAAUAACAAUUCAUCGGACUACAACAACCCUCAUAGCAGAUGCAGCUAGCAAAGAUGAGAUCCAGGCAAGGGUUGCACAGCUAAAGAAGGAGCUCUCUGAAACUGAUUCCAUAUAUGAUUCUGAGAAAUUGGCUGAGAGAAUCGCAAAGCUCUCUGGUGGCGUGGCUGUCAUCAAGGUUGGAGCUGCAACCGAGACAGAGCUCGAGGACCGUCAGCUGCGAAUCGAGGAUGCAAAGAAUGCCACUUUUGCAGCUAUCGAAGAGGGCAUUGUUCCUGGUGGUGGCGCAGCGUAUGUGCACCUGUCUACUUGUGUCCCUGCGAUCAAAGAAACGAUCGAAGACCAUGAUGAGCGCCUUGGUGCUGACAUCAUUCAGAAGGCACUGUUAGCACCUGCGGCAUUGAUCGCUAAUAAUGCCGGAGUGGAAGGGGAAGUUGUGAUCGAGAAGAUCAAGGAGAGCGAGUGGGAAUUUGGCUACAACGCGAUGACCGACAAGUACGAGAACCUGAUCGAGUCCGGUGUCCUGGACCCCGCCAAGGUGACGAGAUGCGCUCUCCAGAACGCCGCCUCGGUGUCUGGCAUGGUCCUCACCACACAAGCGAUCAUCGUCGAGAAGCCGAAGCCCAAGGCUAAGGUCGCUGAGCCAUCGGACGGAGCCCUCGCUGUCUAAGCUCUAAAACUCUCCAGCCCUACAACUUACUAGAUGGUUCAGUUCAGGUCAACUGGUAGAAUUUCGGUUGAAGAGAUCAGCUGAAAUGUCUAGAGUAGGAUUAUUGCCAUUUUUGCGAAUCGACGGCAACCUUUGCCUGAUCUGAACUCCUGUGAAUCAAAGAAAUAUGCAGCGGCAUUUUUGAAAUAAAUAUUUAUAACAGACCAUAGCA